AUGUAUAUGGGUGAUGCCUCAAAUAUUUGCUUUCUGCAAACCAUUCGUGGGACUGUUUUUGAUAACUUCGGCCCCUGUGGCCUUGUCAACGACUCCCUACGCCAUUCUAUGGUAGAGGAGCCCGCCUGGGGAACCUCCCACGACGAUCCUGCGCUCGACUUUCCAAAGCGUCCAUCGAAGCCAACCAAAGACGAAGUCGAGUACUUUCUUGUAUGGUUCAAACGUACAACAGAGUGUGUCUUGGCGCUUUUCGAUGAUCAUAAGUUACAUGACAACAUAUUCAGCUGGCUGGACAACCCCUCUGAUUAUAGUCAUUCCGCGGUGGCGUUGCAUCAUCUGAUCAUCGCCCUUGGUGCCCAAUCAUGUCCCAAGGACUUCGAUGACAUUGCCGAGGCACAUUUCCACUACGGGCGUUAUAUCGUGCUGAUGAGACUGGUUGAUGGCCCGAGCAUCGCCAUGGUCCAGUGUUACGCCCUCAUAGCCAUGUACCUUUUGGCCAGCUCACGCAGAAAUGCGGCCUUCAUGUAUCUCGGCAUCUCGGUGCGCGGAGCUUACGCGCUGGGAUUGCAUAGGCAGGAUGUCUCCGCGCUCCACGAUCCCACCGAGUACACGGCCCGCGAGCGGCUCUGGAGAGGGCUCAGGAUUUUGGACAACUUCAUGAGCGCGUCUCUGGGCCGUCCCCCGGCAACAAACGAGACUCGCAAUACACGGUCUGGUCCACACUAUUCUGCCUCCAACGAUCUCUGCUGGAUAUUUGAGAAUAUCUUGACAGAAAUCUAUGCUAAACGCAAUGUCACCACUGAUGGUCUGGAGAACAUAAGCGAGCUUCAUCGAGAAUGGUCAUCACGGUUUACGAGUGGUCUCGAGACGGAUGGAAUAUUACCAGACAUGCGUAUCUAUCAGCAGGGGGAUGCGACCCUAAACAUCGGACUUCUUCACCUGAAAGAGGCAUACUACUGGACAAUAAUGUUGCUCUCUCGGCCAUUCUUAGUAGAAUAUGUCACCCUUCGAUUGAAGCAAAGAAAGGCGGAGCAAACAAAUUUUACCGGCUCGACUAGUACUUCACGUCAGUUUUCGGCCUCCCAUGCUAUACUGGUCCAGGCCUGUAUUGACUCGGCAAUCCGGACAGCUAAGCUGCUCCAACCCAUGAUAUCUUCAUCUCUCACUCCUAAAAGACUCCCCUAUGUCGUCAACUCGGCCUUCGUAGCAGCCCUGGUGCUUGGCUUGGCCUUAUUUUCUGACCUAGAUGACGCCACGCCCAUCAUCCACCAUAUGGAAGCUUGCCACGACGUGUUGUUCAAGUUUAGCAAGCAUGAUGCUGUGGCGAAAAGAUACCUGUUCAUCACGGAGAAAUUACAAGAAGUCUGCGGUGAGAACUUGAAGAUCCGACAGAAGGAGCAAAUGGAGAGCAAGGGUAAAAUGCUGCAUAUGAUCUUCGGGAGCAUCGACAGCAUCGGCUCGCAGGAGCACCAAGCCUCUCCUGGCCUUGGGACGUCCGGGGGUGAUGCGUCACACAUCCUGUCUCCCGAGUCUCAAAUGUCAAUGCAAGCAGAAAGCUUGUUUUCAGAAACAAUGUGUGCUCUUGUCGAUAACGAGACCGAGACAGAAAAUACGAGCGACGAACAGGCCUGGAUAUAUAGCAUGUCUGAUGACUUCAUGAGUUCGGACAACCAAGUCGCGGAUUUCGUAUCGCCCAGUACCCUCUGGCUAGAUGGAGAUUGUGAGCUCACUGUAGAGGCCGGAGACAACUGA